UUGAACAGUUAACAGCCAAUAUGAACAACAAACACAUGUUUUCAUUGUUUGUGGUCAUCGUGAAUUGUUGGGUUCUUGUAUUGGUACAAGGAAACAAUGAGCCUCGCAAUGACCAAUAUGAUCGAUCAGCUGAUUCCACUUCAUCAAACGUAUAUGGAUUGGCUAUUGAUAAAGAGCAUGAUUAUGUUCAUGUCGGUGAUAAACCUGUUUGCAGCUGUACAGUGGAAAUGACCAUACAAGAUCUGAUAAGACAUUCAUUGAGGUGGGAGAAGGUUGGUCGUGAUGGAUCACGCAUAGAAAUCUCAAAUUUGGUUAAUGUUAAAGAAAAUCUACAAUCAGAAUAUGCCAUUGAGAUGGAUUCCUCUUCAACUAGUUUGACAAUCAAAUUGCGCUUUCUUGAAGGUAUAACUCAAAACAAUGAUGGAUUCUUGUACUGUUCUCUAUACAACAGAGCUGAACAAUUACUAGCAGAAAGAAAGAUUGAAGUUGCUGUUACACCGUCUUCAAACGAAUACGGAUUAGCUAUUGAUAAAGAACAGGAUUAUGUUCAUGUUGGUGACAAACCUGUUUACAGCUGUACAGUGGAAAUGACCGUACAGGAUCUGAUAAGACAUUCAUUGAAGUGGGAGAAGGUUGGUCGAGACGGUGCCCGUGUUGUUAUUUCAAAUUUGGUGAAUGUUAAAGAAAGUCUACAAUCAGAAUAUACCAUUGAACUCGAUUCCUCUUCUACUAGUAUUACAAUCAAAUUGCGCUUUCUCCAAGGUAUAACUGAAAACGAUGAUGGAUUCUUGUACUGUUCUCUAUACAACAGAACUGAACAAUUACUAGCGGAACGAAAAAUUGAAGUUGAUGUGACACGAGUAUGUCAAGGAUUAAACAGUGGUUUGGGUAUGAGUGGGAGCUCUCAGGAUCAGUAUGACUUGUACAGACAAAGAUACACUAAUUGUAAAUAUGUAGAUGGAAAUCUAGAAAUCACAUAUUUAGAUGAUACCGGAAAUUGGGAUUUGUCUUUUCUUGAAUCGAUCGUGGAGGUCAGUGGAUAUGUAUUGAUAUCCUCUGUUUUGUCUCAAAAAUUGCAUUUACAGAAUUUGCGUCUGAUAAGAGGACGCCAACUUUUUCUAGACAAGUUUAGCUUACUUGUAUACAGUAAUAGUAAACCUGGGUCUAGAACACAAGGAUUGAUGGAACUCGAAUUUAGAAGUUUGCAAGAAAUUAUGAAUGGAACUGUUUUUAUUUCGGAGAACAACCUUUUGUGUCAUGCUUCAACAAUAAGAUGGGAAGACAUCAAUCCCACUGUGACACAACAUUUUCGCACGAGCAUGGACAUUCCAGGUUAUAAAAGAUCGUGUGGCGAGUGUGAUGCAGCAUGUUAUAAUGAGAAUACAGGUUCUAGACAUUGCUGGGGAGAAGGACCAGAUAUGUGUCAAAUAAUCAACCAUGGGCCUGCUUGCAGCCCAACGUGUACAGAUAGGUGUUUUGGUGAAGAUCCAAGUCAGUGUUGUCAUUCUGAAUGCGCUGCUGGAUGUAGUGGACCAAAGGCAACAGAUUGUUAUCUGCUCGUGUUCGGACAAGAAAGCAAUAACCUGCCCGAGAGUGCAGCUAGCUCAAGAGUAUGUCAAGGAUUAAACAGUGGUUUGGGUAUGAGUGGGAGCUCUCAGGAUCAGUAUGACUUGUACAGACAAAGAUACACUAAUUGUAAAUAUGUAGAUGGAAAUCUAGAAAUCACAUAUUUAGAUGAUACCGGAAAUUGGGAUUUGUCUUUUCUUGAAUCGAUCGAGGAGGUCAGUGGAUAUGUAUUAAUAUCCUCUGUUUUGUCUCAAAAAUUGCAUUUACAGAAUUUGCGUCUGAUAAGAGGACGCCAACUUUUUCUAGACAAGUUUAGCUUACUUGUAGCCAGUAAUAGUAAACCUGGGUCUAGAACACAAGGAUUGAUGGAACUCGAAUUUAGAAGUUUGCAAGAAAUUAUGAAUGGAACUGUUUUUAUUUCGAUGAACAACCUUUUGUGUCAUGCUUCAACAAUAAGAUGGGAAGACAUCAAUCCCACUGUGACACAACAUUUUCGCACGAGCAUGGACAUUCCAGGUUAUAAAAGAUCGUGUGGCGAGUGUGAUGCAGCAUGUUAUAAUGAGAAUACAGGUUCUAGACAUUGCUGGGGAGAAGGACCAGAUAUGUGUCAAAUAAUCAACCAUGGGCCUGCUUGCAGCCCAACGUGUACAUAUAGGUGUUUUGGUGAAGAUCCAAGUCAGUGUUGUCAUUCUGAAUGUGCUGCUGGAUGUAGUGGACCAAAGGCAACAGAUUGUUAUGUAAAUAAAUUCUCAUUAUCAAAUGCCCUACAGAAAUCAUAA